AUGGCAGACAAAUUAACAAGAAUUGCUAUUGUCAACCAUGACAAAUGUAAGCCUAAGAAAUGUCGACAGGAGUGCAAAAAGAGUUGCCCUGUAGUUCGAAUGGGAAAACUAUGCAUAGAAGUUACACCCCAGAGCAAAAUAGCUUGGAUUUCUGAAACUCUUUGUAUUGGUUGCGGUAUUUGUAUUAAGAAAUGCCCCUUUGGAGCCUUAUCAAUUGUCAAUUUACCAAGCAACUUGGAAAAAGAAACAACACAUCGAUAUUGUGCCAAUGCCUUCAAACUUCACAGGUUGCCUAUUCCUCGUCCUGGUGAAGUUUUGGGAUUGGUUGGAACUAAUGGUAUUGGAAAGUCAACUGCUUUAAAAAUUUUAGCUGGAAAACAAAAACCAAAUCUUGGAAAGUAUGAUGAUCCACCUGAUUGGCAGGAAAUUUUGACUUACUUCAGAGGAUCUGAAUUGCAAAAUUAUUUUACCAAGAUUCUAGAAGAUGACCUAAAAGCCAUUAUCAAACCUCAAUAUGUGGACCAGAUUCCCAAGGCUGCAAAGGGGACUGUGGGAUCUAUUUUGGACCGAAAGGAUGAAACAAAGACGCAGGCAAUUGUAUGUCAACAGCUUGAUUUAACCCAUCUAAAAGAACGAAAUGUUGAAGAUCUUUCGGGAGGAGAGUUGCAGAGAUUUGCUUGUGCUGUUGUUUGCAUACAGAAAGCUGAUAUUUUCAUGUUCGAUGAACCUUCUAGUUACCUAGAUGUCAAGCAACGUUUAAAGGCUGCUAUUACUAUACGAUCUCUAAUAAAUCCAGAUAGGUAUAUCAUUGUGGUGGAGCAUGAUCUAAGUGUAUUAGACUAUCUCUCUGACUUCAUCUGCUGUUUAUAUGGUGUACCAAGUGCUUAUGGUGUUGUCACCAUGCCUUUUAGUGUAAGAGAAGGCAUAAACAUUUUCUUAGAUGGCUAUGUUCCAACAGAAAACUUGAGAUUCAGAGAUGCAUCACUUGUUUUUAAAGUGGCUGAGACAGCAAAUGAAGAAGAAGUUAAAAAGAUGUGUAUGUAUAAAUAUCCAGGAAUGAGGAAAAAGAUGGGAGAGUUUGAAUUAGGAAUUGUAGCUGGAGAGUUUACAGAUUCUGAAAUCAUGGUGAUGCUGGGGGAAAAUGGUACUGGUAAAACGACAUUUAUCAGAAUGCUUGCUGGAAGGCUUAAACCUGAUGAAGGAGGAGAAGUACCUGUUCUAAAUGUCAGUUAUAAGCCACAGAAGAUCAGUCCCAAAUCAACUGGAAGUGUUCGCCAAUUACUACAUGAAAAAAUAAGAGAUGCAUACACUCAUCCACAGUUUGUGACUGAUGUAAUGAAACCUCUACAAAUUGAAAACAUCAUUGAUCAAGAGGUACAGACAUUAUCUGGUGGUGAACUGCAGCGAGUAGCCUUAGCUCUUUGUUUGGGUAAACCUGCUGAUGUGUAUUUAAUUGAUGAACCGUCUGCAUAUUUGGAUUCUGAGCAAAGAUUGAUGGCAGCAAGAGUAGUCAAACGCUUCAUCCUCCAUGCCAAAAAGACAGCCUUUGUUGUGGAACAUGACUUCAUCAUGGCUACCUAUCUAGCAGAUCGGGUCAUUGUUUUUGAUGGUAUUCCAUCUAAGAACACAGUUGCAAACAGUCCUCAAACCCUGUUGGCUGGCAUGAAUAAAUUUUUGUCCCAGCUUGAAAUUACAUUCAGAAGAGAUCCAAACAACUAUAGGCCAAGAAUAAACAAACUCAAUUCAAUUAAGGAUGUAGAACAGAAGAAGAGUGGAAACUACUUUUUCUUGGAUGAUUAG